CGGCACUCAGAGCAGUUGACGAUUGGUCGAACAGACCCAGUUCUGGCCUCGAUGUUUUAAAAAUGUUCCUGGCGAUGGCGACCAAGAUCCACCUUCCCAUCGGUGCAACUCCCUGUUGGGUGAUUCACCCCCCCUGGUAUACUAGGAGAGAAAACUCCAAUGUGGAACCAUUGAUUCUUUGAGGUUCGGAGCCACCAAGGGUCUCUCCGAGUUUUGUUUUGCAUCUACACUACUCUAGACUAGAAGUACUUAUAUCUUUCCCUCCCCUCAUCGGAGAGAUUCACAAUGUCACUGUCGGUGAAGUGCAGCUAUAUCGACUUUUCCUCCCGAGUUGAGGUCAAUAUAAUCCAGCAUUUCCGAACGCUCUUGCUGUCCACUUGAACCCCUCAACUUCGUGUUGACGGGAAGGUGCUGUCAGCUUGACUGGGAUACGACUCAACCCCUGGAAGGAACCGAAGGCCAACAAACGAGAAAGCAACAGAAAUCGGGUAUAACUUUGCUUUACAAGAGCAUAGUUCGCGUGGAGGAACGAAGCCAGUCGACAACCCCUCCGACAAUCACUGCCCGCUCUGAUCACGAUGUCAGCAACACCACGCCUUUCGUCUGGCGGACACCCGGCCGACCCCAGCAUCGAAGGGUACCGCGAGAAGGGAAUGGACUCAUCGAGCCCGUCAUCAGAAGGGGAAAUGGACGAAACCGAUCUUGAAUAUGCGGCAGCGCAAGGCCAACGCGAUGAUCUGGCCCGCGUCCAAUCCCAAGCGCACUCCUUCCUGGCGCCAAAGCUCUCGCUGCCUCACGAGAUCGUUUUUGUGGGCAUCAUUUGCUGUGCCCAGCUCACGACGCAGGCUUCUAUGGGUCCCUCGCUCAGCAUCGGCAGAGAGAUCGGAAGGCAAUUCGGUGUCACUUCUGCCGCCGACGUCGCUUGGUACUUGGCCGCUUACGCCUUGACGAUCGGUACCUUUAUCCUCAUCUGCGGCCGCUUGGGUGACUUGUUUGGGCACAAGAGGAUGUUGGUCAUCGGGUAUACGUGGUAUGCGGUUUGGACGAUGAUCUGUGGGUUGUCGGUGUUUUCGGACUCGGGGAAUAUCAUGAUGAUUGUGUGCCGCGCUUUCCAAGGUGUUGGCCCCUCUAUUCUCCUUCCCAACGGCCUCGCCAUCCUGGGCGGUAGCUACCCCGAUGGUCCACGGAAGCACAUGGUCUUUGCCCUCUUUGGCGCCAUGGCCCCGGGCGGUUGCGUUCUGGGCAGCGCCAUGGCCGGCGUCUUCGAGCUUGCCUGGUGGCCCUGGGCCUUCUGGUCGUUUGCCAUUGCACUGCUCUGCCUCGCCGGCGCCGCGCAGCUCAUCAUCCCCGACAGCGUCGACGCCCACGCAAGCAGCUGCUCCUUCCUCGACAAGCUCAAACAACUCGACGCUAUCGGCGGCACCGUGGGUGUCUCGGCCCUGAUCUUGAUCAACAUAGCAUGGAACCAGGCGCCAAUCGUCGGUUGGUCCGAGCCGUACACUUACAUCCUGCUCAUCAUCGGCAUCCUCCUUGUCCCGCUUUUCUUCUGGAUCGAACUCCGCUGGUCAUCCUACCCGUUACUCCCCCUCGAGGCGCUCAAGUCGGGCGACAUUGCCUUUGUCCUUGGCUGUCUCGCUUGCGGCUGGGGCUCCUUUGGUACCUGGCUCUUCUAUAACUGGCAGUGGUUCCUCGAGAUCCGCGGCGAGACGGGUCUGAUGGCAACCGCUUACUUCUCACCCGUCUCCGUGUCCGGCGCCGUCGCCGCCGUCGUCACCGGUAUCGUGCUAGGCAAGAUUGGUCCCGCAUGGACCGUCGUGUGCGCCAUGUCCGCGUUUUUCACGGGAAACAUGCUGCUUGUUACCCGCCCGAUGGAGCAAACUUACUGGACUCAGAGCUUCUUGACGUACCUCAUCACGCCGUGGGGCAUGGACAUGAUUUUCCCGGCGUCGACGGUGAUUUUGAGUAACGCGGUGGGGAGGAGGCAUCAAGGAAUUGCGGCAAGUUUGAUCAAUACGGUGGUGAAUUACAGUAUUUCGAUUGGGCUUGGGUUUGCGACAACUGCCGAGGUGUAUGUGAACAAGGGAGGCACGAGCAAGGAGGAGUUGCUGAAGGGCUAUAAGGCGGCUUGCUGGGUGGCAGUGGGAUUGACGGCUUUUGGACUGGUGUUGAGUGUGGUGUAUCUGAUGGUGGACAUUACGAAGAAGAGGAGGGUCGGCAGGGCGGUGAUGUCGGAGGUAGAGGAGGCUAAGCGGUGAAUAUGGGGAGGUGCAAGAACUGGUCAUGAUGGCAUGAUGGCAUGAUGUGACCUACGGAGUCAGGAUAUUGACGGGAUGAACACAAAGAUUAAUGUUUAGUUAGUGAGUACGAUGCGGAUUGAUACCCACAUGCCCCCAUUACGUACGGGGAGGCCAAGAAGAGACGAUGAUAGACAUGAUAUAAUACCUCUACGCUGCUAUAUGAUCUGAAC